CAGACGCAGUUGGUUUUGUUCAGUCUUGACACAAAUUUUUACCACUGAAAGCUGUCAAAAUGAUGACUGGAGGGCCCGGGCAUACAGUAGCUGCUGAUGAAGAAAUUCAGAAGAUCUGUGAAGGCAUGAAGCCCUACGCAGAGCAGAGAGCAGGAAAGUCCUAUGAUGUCUUCAUCGCCAAGAGUUACAGGAGUCAGGUUGUGUCUGGGACCAACUACUUCAUAAAGGUGCACGUGGGAGGAGAGGAUCACGUUCACCUGCGUGUUUACAAAAAACUCCCAUGUAAUGGAGGAGGCCUGGAGCUGAGUGACAUGCAACAAUCCAAGAGUCACCAGGACCCUAUUGAGUACUUCUAAUAGUAUCACAAACCGAGCAAAGUAUCCUAUCAACAGUCUACGGAGCCCUUCUGGUGACAUGGUAAAAAAAAUAAAAAUAAUUGUUGUCACGAAAUAAGUGUAACGCCACAAUUUCAUAUUUUUUUUGGGACCAUGUCACCAGAGGGGUUCCGUAACAAUUAAUACCAAAAUACUUAAUUUUUUUUAUCUUGGCUCAUUAUGUGAAACCAGUGUUGUUCCUGUUACUAACAUGUAACAACAUUCUAUACAUCAUGAUGUUAGUAGAUGAUAGAAUGUCAAGAACUGUCAAUAAAUAAAAUAAUAAAUAAAAAAAUGAAUCAGAUUUGCUGUGACUCUGUUUUCCUGGGUGAUUUCUGAUUUUUAAUAGCUUCAUGCCAGUGUUUUAGUUUUAGUUUAGUUUAUUUGCACAUAAAAAAUGAAAUAAAAUAUAUAAUACAAAAAACCCCAAUACAUGCAGAUUUGUUGAGAUUAGUAAAAUAAAACAAUAACUAACAAAAAAGAAUA